AUGGCGCCCUCAGAAGAAUCUAUUUUGAGCAAUUUUCUGCUCUCGCCGGCACCGCUGCCGACAGUGCUGUCCCUGCAGAAAUUCACAGAGCUCUUCCCAAAGCGCCUGCGGAACCACCCACACAUCCGCACAGUGUACCGGGAGCUGCAGCAAGUCCGUGAACAUGACAUGGACCGAGUCAAUGAAAACAUUGACCAAGAGCUGAAGCAGGGCGAGCGGCAAAAAGCCGAGCUCCGCAAGGCCACUCUUGCUGCCGGAGUGGAAGCUGCCAGUGAAGAGGAGCAGCGAGAGAUGAACGUGGAUCUCCAUCUAUUUGGCCAGAACCACACCGAUCCCGAGGAUUACCACUCAGUGGCCAGUCUCCUAGCUGAAAUGGAUGCAGCUUGUGCCACCAUCGAACGUGAAAUCUCCGAUGUGGACCGUGAAGCUGAGGAUAUUCUCAAAGAGCUCAAUACCACUGUUGGGAACAUGAGCGACCUUCGCUAUGGCAAGCUGCAGGGGCCUGCAGGUACUUCCAGCAAUGUGGCUGAAGAAGCCAUCAAGGGCCUGCAAAAUCUUGAAGAUGCUUGCUACAAGAGCAAUUCGUGA